AUGGAUUACGAGUUGUACAGAGUUGUAGAGAAAUCUCCUUGUGGUAGGUACAUUAGAUAUGAUCAGUUGUUGGGUGGAGGCGCUUCCAAAGAAGUCUACAUUGGAUGGGAUCGUGUUCAGCAAGUUGAAAUCGCGUGGAACCAAAUAGUUUAUUAUGAAGAUGAUGAAAAAUUGUUCGCUGAAGAAGCUACUCUGUUGAAGUCCUUAAACCAUGAAAGAAUUAUUAAGUGUUACCAUUAUUGGUUUGAUUCAGAGUCCAGAAUAUUUAACAUGAUCACGGAGUUAUUCCCCUCGGGCAGCUUGAAAAAGUAUAUUCAUAAUGGUGUUGGUGUUGGUGUUGAUUUGGUGAGUAUCAAGAAUUGGGGAAGACAGAUUCUUCAAGGUUUGUGUUUUCUCCAUAGCCAGAGCCCUAAGAUCAUUCAUCGAGACAUCAAGUGUGACAAUGUGUUCGUUGUUAGUGAUGGGAAGCAAGUUACACUAGGAGAUUUUGGGCUGGCUGUUCGUAUUAUGGAUGGUGAUUUUGUGAAAGAAAAAGAGGCUAAAGGUACCCCGGAAUUCAUGGCUCCAGAGUGCUACGAUGGAGAAUACAACGAGUUGGUUGAUGUAUAUUCAUUCGGGAUGUGUCUUCUUGAGAUGGUUACUGGUGAAUAUCCAUAUAUGGAGUGUAGCAAUCAGAUGCAUAUAUUUAAGAAAGUGUACACUGGUGUACAGCCUGUGUCUCUCGGAAAGGUGAAGGACUACAGAGUGAAAGAUAUUAUUGAGAAGUGUAUGCUUCCUAUGUCUGUUAGGCCGUCUACAGAAGAGUUGCUGAAAGAUCCAUUCUUUCUAUACAACGGUGGAUCAUCAACAUUCGAGGCUUGUGCUCCUGUUGACAAUAUUCUUACUAGUCGUGCAAUGGAUGUUAGGCAUUUAUAUUUGGUGUGA